AUUGGAUAUCAUUCAUCUGUUAGCCUAUUUACCAGUGCAAGAAUGUUUUGCAUAGAGGCUGUAUAGUGUAGCUGUGAGAUAUGUAGAGUCAGUGACAGAUAAACAUAGAAUAUAGGAGGGAGUACCAAACAAGAAAAUUCCAUAACGGUGCAUAAUGGACGUACAUGUUCAUAAUAAUGAUGCACAAGCUAAAGAAGGCAAAGCGGCCGUGGAGGAGGCGCGUAAGCUACAGUUUAGUUUUGACUUGGUAGAGGCAGUGCUUCACCAUGUGGAUUUUCUUAGCAGAGUCGACCAGUAUUCUUGUUUGCGCAAAGGAAAACAUCUUGAGGAAGCCCUGCGUAGAUACGAAGAGUUGUGGCUUCCACUGGCAGCUGAACAUAAAGACAAGGUGCUGUCGGCACCGUUAGACAUUGAAUGGGUUUGGCACUGUCAUAUUCUGUCCCCACUUGCAUACAAACGCGACUGCGAAUCGUUUGUUGGGGGAAUAGUGAACCACCGUCUGCUGAGUAGACAAGACCGGAACACAGCUGUAGAAGUGUCGAAAGAUUUGUGGAUGCAGAAAUAUGGAGAGAAAGAGCCGUUUAAAAUACAUCUGCCAAUGGGGAAAGAACUUAAGGAAGAGGAGGGAGAAGACUGGACAUUCACGUCUCAGUUGAAGUAUGAUGUGAGAGCUGCUGCGGGACGUCAGUCCCUCUUCUACUACAACGUAUCUCUGCCUCACUACCGGGACCGCCAAUUCAUCGGCAGGUGCGUGCAUCGCUACCAGCAGUUCUUAUACUUAAUGACAUUGGUCAAGAAAGCAUUUCUGGUACCAUGCUACGACAACGAUCUAGUUUGGCACACACAUCAACUUUUCCCAGUGACUUACCGACAGGAUACGGAACGCAUUCUGGGAAGAGUAUUGAACCAUGACGAUUCUACUGAUGACAGGUCGCCUGGUUCUACGUUGAAUAACUCAUACGCAAACACAUGUAAGUUGUGGAAGGAGGCAUUUGGACAACACUAUAGCUCCCCGGGAGCGAUGUACCGGGGACCAACAUCCAGGGGCACAAUGUCCGACUUCACGACAAAAGAAUCAGACAUCGAUACAGAAGAACUUCCUAUAUCCGUUUUUAUACAAUGCAUAGCAUUGCAAACGAACCCGGCUGGCUAUAAGGCCAAGUUUUCUGUACUCAUAUACCGUUCUAUCGCAGGAACCUCCGAACGAAAGCUGAUAGUAGAACUCAAAGGACCCAACUUGGUAUGGUCAGUGGAACAGUUGAAAAAGGCAACGUUCAACAUGGAAAGAGGCGAUGCGUUAGAUUUCGUUAUGGUUAAGAAAUCUGGUGUAUUAGGUCGAAAGGAGGAGGUGGCAUGUGUGACGAUUGAAAGCGCUGCAAUUUUCAAACAUGUGAUUUACAGAUAUCAGUGUAACUUCACUAAAGAGAUUGCAUUUGAUUCCGAGGACUUUGAGAACAAACUUUAUGUUGACGGUGGCGUUAGAACGGUCACUGCAACCCAAGUCUGGUCAUUUGAGGCUGGUGACUUUGGGGAAUAUAAAGAGCCAGCUAAUUUUGACCUAAAAGACCCUUUACAGAAGUGGCAGGAUGGAGAAGACAAGUGCUGUGCCAGCAGCAUAGCGGACCACAGACUUUUGGAUCCUUCUGGGCAAGAGGUUUUCAAGGUGCGCGUGACACACAAUGUCAAUCAUAUCCGGUCGUCUGUCCAGAUCUAUGACGCCGGAAGUAGAUUGCUUACCUUGGCAAACCUUGUAGACUCAAGCCAGCUGCCACUUCCGGGACAGGUAUCUGGCACCGGACGUGACGUAUGUUUGUCUCCGUCCAAUGGCGAACGUGCUUUCCUAGUCAAAGAUAACCAUGGCGAUUGGGGUGUGAUUGGAGGCAGAUGGAUCCCAGGUCAAGACAAAGGUAGGUAGACCUAGUUUAUGGAUAAAAUGACACAAAUAAAGUAAAAAAGGCAAAGCUAUUGUUACAUAAUGGUAAUUUGGAAAA